GGCCGUCGUUAGCCCCAAUUGGACGGCCCGACCAGCUCGCCGCGUCUGAUUCCGUGCAGUCCUGCAAACAAUGUGCGCCGAGAAGCGCCCUACGCGGCCCGUGAACUCCCAUCGUUCCAUGAUCUCCAUGGCCCUAGUCCGCAAGCAGUCGCAUAACUCGUUAGGGCCGCCCUCUAACACCUGCGGUCGCUCGUUGUGGAUCGAACGACUGCUUGCGAAAUCCUCGAUCUCAAGAUCCCCGACGUCAUAUCCAAUACGGGCCUCUUGGGGGCUUCCCAGUUCGCUACAAGAACUGCCCGGUUUUCCCGUUCUGUUGCUGCACUCUUCUCUGCCAUUGCCAACUUUGCAAAUGCGCUGUUGUUCGUUGCGCAAUUCGGCCUGGCCGGCGGCGCGUGGGAAGGGAGGGAUGAGGCGGGCUGAAAAGAGUCGAGAACACGGCGUCAUCCUGGCCAGGACAACCACCAACAUCGCAUCCGCUGUGCACAAAGCCUUCAUAACCCCGUCACGCUGUUUUCGACCCCACAACAACGCGGCUGCCCCUCAUCUGAGGUCUGACCGGCCGGCCCGGCGCUUGUUUGUUGGCCUGUCGCGUGAGAGCUGAGACUCGUGGACCGGUCAACGCGCCUGUAAACAAACCUCCGAAACAGCAAUAUGCGCGGUCCCGUGACUCUUUAAUGAGCCAAGCCUUCCAGCCGCAAGGAAAAAAUCCUACCCCAGACCCGCUUCAGCAAGGCCUUCGGGUUUCAAGACCCUGAAUGAUGCAGGUGACAGAGUUUAGCCCUGUACAAACACACCAGCCCACCUG